AACACAAAUACUUCAAUCUCUUUUCUUCUCUCUCUACAUCCUCUCUCUCUCUAAAAACCUUAACCCAUUAUGAGGACUUUGUGUCCAAAUUUAGAAAACGAAAAUGGUCUUGAAACGGUGCUAGAAGUCCCCAUACCUGAGGAAAGCUUCACCGACGCCGCCCCGUGGCGCACCAUGAAAGCACUACCUCAUUCGACCGAGUACGGUGGUGGCCGAAAUGCCGAGCUUCAGCUUUUGCUCGGGGUUGUCGGAGCACCACUCAUCCCUGUUCCCAUCACCGGCGGUCGCCACACCGCCAUCAACCCGAAUAUUAAUGAUUACCCUAUGGAGGCGUCAAUGGCAAAAUACAUUGUGCACCAAUAUAUCGCGGCAACGGGUGGAGACCAGGCGUUGAAUUCGGUUGACAGCAUGUUCGCGGUGGGGAAAGUGAAGAUGGUGGCAUCAGAGUAUAUAGCCGGAGACGGAAUAAGCAUGAAUUGUAGUGGUUUAAGUGUGGGUGGUGGUGUGAUGAAGAUCAAGAGUGUGAGAAACAGUGGUGGUGAAAUGGGUGGGUUUGUGUUGUGGCAGAAGAGGCCGGACCUUUGGUCGCUAGAACUGGUGGUUUCCGGUUGCAAGAUCAGCGCUGGUAGCGAUGGUAAGGUGGCGUGGCGACAGACACCGUGGCACCAAUCGCAUGCGUCCCGUGGGCCCCCUAGACCUCUUCGUCGUUCCCUACAGGGUCUUGAUCCAAAAGCAACCGCAAAUUUAUUCGUGAACUCUAUUUGCACCGGGGAAAAGACCAUCAAUGGAGAAGAUUGUUUUGUGUUAAAGCUUGAAGUAGAACCUUCAUCUCUAAAACAAAGAAGCAGCAACAAUGUGGAGAUCAUAAAGCACACCAUUUGGGGGCAUUUUAGUCAAAGAACAGGUCUUUUGCACCAUCUUAAAGAUUCAAAUCUCAUUAGAAUCAAAGAUCAUGGAAAUGGCAAUGUGUUUUGGGAAACAACCAUGGAAACACUAAUCGAAGAUUAUCGAACCAUUGAUGGGAUCAACAUUGCCCAUAGUGGCGUGACCACGGUCUUGUUGUUCCGGUUUGGUGAUCAUGAGAACCAUUCAAGAACGAAAAUGGAAGAGGUUUGGACAAUUGAGGAGUUGGAUUUUAACAUAAAAGGUCUUUCAAUGGACUGUUUUUUGCCUCCUAGUGACCUUAUUAAAGGUGCUGACCAUGAAGCUAGUGAUGUUGCAAUUGGCGACACGAGGAGUGAUCAAUUAGCGACCAAGAGUAAAGGCAUUUAUCUGAAGAUCGGUGUCUCCAAAGUUGUGGAUUUCAAUCCUCAGACGUUUGGAGAACAACUAAAGGACUUGAGGGCUUGAGGCAUGGCUUUCAUUACAUGCUUUGGGAUUAGGUUAAAGAGUGAACACCAGUGUAUUUGCGAACUGAGCGAACUAAUCCUGGCCAUACACGUGUGUAAAUCAAUGACCAGGAUUUGAUGAUGAAAUACACUUGUGUAUUUUACGAUUUGAUGAUGAAAUCCUAGCCAUACACGUUUGUAAAUCCAUGGUCAAGAUUUGUUCACUCAGUUCGCAAAUACACUGAUGUUCCCUCUAGAACCUCACCCACAUGGUUUGUCUAUUUUGUACAUAUAGUGUGAUCUAAUAUAUACACAAAGUCGAAACUGUAUUUGAGCGUAUGAGUUGCUCAUGUUUUACUAAUUGAUAUAUUGUUUAUUUUUUUGUA